AUGUGUCAGAUCGCUCUUGGAAAUGAACUCCAUCUAUCACAUGGGACUGAAGUGUCAGUCAACAACACGGAGAACAAAUUAUGCCUCUACGCCAAUUUGAUGGUCAACUUCUCAGUCGCAUAUGAAGUUGGUGUAAACAAGAGUGAAACUGUUAUUUUGGUACUGCCUGAAAAUGUGACAACCGAAGGGAGCGCCUGUGAUAACACAACAUCGACAUUGAAACUCAGUUUUGGAGAUGGGCACAGUUGGACAGUGGAUUUCACUAAAAAUAACAAAACCUACCAAGUAGAUACCAUUAUCUUCUCCUACAAUCUCAAUGACUCAAGCGUCUUCCCCAACUCUACAUCAAAAGAAACCAAGUCUGUGACGGUAAAGUCAAUUAUCACCAAUGUGAGUGUGGACACCUACUACUCCUGCAAGAGUGCAGAUGUCCGGACAGUAGAGUCUGUCAUUCAGACACUGUAUGAUGUUGCUCUACAGGCGUUUGUGAUUAACGGCAGCAAAAGUGACACCGGUAGGUAGUAUGAGCAUCAGGCC